AUGUUCGCCAAUCGAAUUGCCAUCAUCACCGGAGGUGGAUCGGGAAUCGGCCGGGCGGCGGCGCAGCUGAUCGCCAAACAGGGCGGCUCGGUCAUCGUGGCCGACCAGUCGCUGGCGAAUGCCAAGGAGACGGUGUCAUUGCUCGGCAGUGGACAGCAGCAGCAGCACUUGGCCCUUGAAGUGGACGUCAGCAAGUCCGAUUCAGUCAGCCACCUUUUCAAUGAGGUACCCAAAGCGUACGGCUCGGGAGCGGUGGCGACGCUGCUGGCCAACUGCGCCGGCAUCACCAGAGAUGGCUGGAUGAUCGACAUGAGCGAGGAGGCCUUCAGCAAGGUGAUGGACGUCAACGUGAAGGGCACCUUCCUGACGACGCAGGCCGCCUGCAAGCGGAUAGUGGACUCUAAAAGCAGCAACGGCGGCUCCAUCGUCAACUUCAGCAGCGUCAGCGCGAAGAUCGCCAACCUCGGCCAGGUGAACUACGUGGCGAGCAAGUGCGCCGUGGAGGGCCUCACGCGGACGGUGGCCCGGGAGAUGGGCCGCCACAACAUUCGCUGCAAUGCCAUCAUUCCCGGCUUUAUCGACACGCCAAUGAUCCGCACGGUGCCAGAGAAGGUAAUGGAGGGCAUCAAAAAGCAAACCCCGCUGGGCCGUUGUGGCCAGGCGGAGGAGGUGGCCAAGGCGAUUGCCUUCUUCCUCUCCGACCAGUCCUCCUACGUCACCGGGUCGCUGCUGCACGUNUGGAUUCAUCGAUACUCCAAUGAUCCAAACCUAAUGGAGGGCAUCAAAAAGCAAACUCCCCUCGGUCGCUGUGGCCAGGCGGAGGAGGUGGCCAAGGCGAUUGCCUUCUUCCUCUCCGACCAGUCCUCCUACGUCACCGGGUCGCUGCUGCACGUCUCGGGCGGAUUUGCCGUCUGA